AUGCCGGAGGAGGGCGGGAGUCCGGCCGCGGCUACUUUGGAGCCGACAGCCGAAGACUUGAAGGCCCUAGAGUAUGUUCCGACCGGGGUUGCAAGCAAGGUACAUAUCACUCCACUUUUGUGUCCCUCGUUUUUCCCUUUUUGCUCUCUAUGGCAUUGACAAAACUUCUAAAGAUUUAGCCCACUUGUUGGAGCCGACGCAGAUCUUGUGCGAGUAAUGAGCGAAUGAGUGAAUUCUUUUUCACAAAUUAAUACUGUGAUCUAUGUCUGCAACAAGUAGGUGGCCCGCAAGCGAGCACUCGAAGCAGAGAGACGGAACAGGAUAUUGAACGCGAAACAGAGGACCAUUGGUAUUGAGAAGGACGUCCUAGACCAACAGGUUGCGGCAAGGAAGGAACAAGCAAAUGCUGAAAAAGAAUACGCUGCAGCGUAAUUUUUAUUUUCACUGGUCUUAAUGAGGUGGUGAAGUCGAUUUUUUUGUUUUGUAGAACUUGUCGAAGAAGUCCUGUGUGGUUGUUUCCGACAUCAAACAUCAUCCCAAUUCAGCGUCGAUGCAACGGUCGUUGGCAUAGACAACCAGCUGAAAAUCUUAGAAGUGGAGAGGAAGCGAAUGCAUGUAGAGGUCACCCGAGACGUCGUGGAGUACAACAAGGUAAAAAUAGGAAAUACAGCGCUUGACUUUUUGGCACAAUUGAAUGAGUAGAAAUCCUGUUUUUGUCGUGGUGAAUUUUCAUACAAGAGGUUUCAAAUGAUCUCACUGGUUGGAUAUUUUGUUACCUCAAGAACCGGGUCCUCUGUGACUUCACAUUUGUAAAUUCAACCACUUCAUCAUUGCAUUCUCAACUAGUACAGGUCUACUGCAGAAAAGAGGAUCGCCGAGAAUAUGCUUUGUCCGACCCACAAGAGUUGAAGAAGGAGACACCUCUCCCAGAGGAGCUUAUGGGUCCAGCAAGUGUGCUCAGGUACUUCAAGAGUUUAGUGUACAAGAAGUACAAACAAUUAGUGGGGACCUAAAAGUAGGUUGUUCCAACUUGUUAAAGCCCGGUUGUAUCUCGCUAAAGUGAUAAGAUAAUUUCUUUUCUUUUUUCACUAGGACCACUAAGAGAUCGUCUUACAUACCCAUUACAUUUUUUCACUUUCGACCUACCCUUCCAUCAAUUUCCUGUAGAUUUGCGGGUGAAGAUGCCGGAAGGGCACAGAGAGUCAGAGCACAACAGGCACAACAGCGAAAUUGGAUCGAGCAGCAAGUGUAUGAGAAAAAGGUUCUCGCAGACAUGGAGAAGCAAGACGUAUUCUAGACUUCUAACUUAAUAUUACAAGUCAAUACGACCAGGUAGGGUUACUUAAUAUUGUCAUGCUCUUUCGAUUCGUGAUGACCAAUCAUUUCAGGUAGACGAAUAUGCGGGUUCUCAGAAGGACUUGCUUGCGUUGCGCUCACAGGUGGAACAAGAAGAGAAAGUAUUGAGACAAGAAAUUACAUCGGCAGCUUUGGAGUACAACGAGACGAAGAGAAAAGUAUUUGACUCAAUAAUAUUGUGUAUGAGUUUUUUCGACUAGGACUACAUGUACAACUUGCUUCUUCGUCGUGUCGAUAAGAUAGAUUUUCUAUUCGUUGGGGCCGGCCUGGUCUGGACUGAUUAUCAACAUGAUGCUUAUGGUCAUUAUUGAAAAAAUUUCACUUGCAAUCAGGUUCAAUUUCAGUUACAAACCUCCUCUCUUUUCUGUCAGGAAAAGCAAGAGUUUGCGGAAAAGAGCAGAUUUUCACGAACAGUAGAGGAAAAGAUCGCUGACUACCGUGAGAAUGUUGCGUUCGCAAACGAUGCCUUCAUCAACGAGGCACAACCGCAGGUACCGAUAUUUGUAGAGUACGUCUCCCUUUCUGAUUCUGUUGUCAUCGCUUCAGCGGAUGUAUUCGUUUCAUCAUCAUUGUCAAGCUCAACAUUGAACUUACUUUCGACCUUUUUUAAGUUCAAAAAGCUGUGAGGAAAUAGUAACCGAGUCAACACAUAAUUUCGGCCGUCUUCACAACCGCAGGAAAGAUAGGAUCCCGCCGAUGGCCUAGUAUGGUCGUUUGGGGUAUAGUAUCAUGAUGACAUCAUGUUGAUUCAUGGACGAUAUAAUCAAUGCUCAACAUCUUCCCCUUAUGGCCAGAUACUAGCAAACGGUAGAAUCCGAAGGGAUCAUUUUAAGGGAAUGCCUAAGGAGAUGCAUCUCGAAACUGCGAAUAUCCAACAUCAGCAAGUUGCCUUCCAGGAAAGCAUGAAGAAAGUCUUGGUAUUAGUUUUCAACGUUUCAUUUUCUGCUUACAACAUCCAACAUUGAUGCAGAAACACUCUCCCAACAUUUUUGCAGAAACGUAAACACUCUCCCAACAUUAAUAUCGUCCUCUCAAUGUUGCUUCAUCCUCGGAACAUUACAGAAAGAGGAAGAUGCAGAGUUUGACAAGGCAGCGGAGGAGACCAGGCGGGCACUGGUUGCGCUAGAGAAGGAACGCAGUAGGCAAUACGUCGAUACUGUGCACUCGGAGAUGCAUCGUAAUUCUCAGCGCACCCAUGAGCAGAUCAAAGCCAUGAACAAGGUACUUACGUUGUUGUUUAUUCCACCCAUGAGCAGAUCAAAGCCAUGAACAAGGUACAACUUCAACUUCGUGUCACGCACUACUUGUCAUGCUUGAUGUAGAUACGAUUUGAACCUAUGAUCGUCCCUGUCUUUACCUUAGUCGAACUAGAAGGAUUUCGAAGAGUCCAGCAGGUAUGAAGUUUUUCCUACCAAAAAAACGAAAAAACGACGGGCGAUUUCUACACCAGGAAAGCGACGCUAUAAAAUAAUGAUAGUUCUUCAUCGUGCUUUACUCGUGUAUGUGACCUGCAGCCAGACAACUUCACUCAGACCUUCACUAUCAUCAUGCUCAUUCUUUUGCAGCCUUAGUUUGUUUUGCAAAAACUGCUCGGCCUUGGGCAAGAUCAUCCUCGCUGUCCUCCAUCCGCGACAGGAUGAACAUCCAUGCCUGGCACAUCAAACAUCAAAGAAGUAUCAGAAAUACACCAAGAUCGUUGGAAAUCAAAGUAUCAUCGAGGUUCCUCCUCAUCAAACCUCGUCAAAAACAUCAUAAUCAUUUUUCAGAUCAUGUUGAUUAGUUGUACGAUCUUUUGCACUGUUCUCUCCGCUUCAAAGCUCAUUUUUCCCCUCUCCUCCUCACAACAGGCCACAGGCCUACCGAUAGAGGAUGCCUAUUUUUCAGGUUUUGGCAGCAGCUGCCGAUAGUGGCUCCUGCAAAAAACAAAGGUUCUUUUGAAACCAUGAUACUGUAUUACUUUUUAGAAGUUGUAGCUUAUCCUACUCUACUCUAUCCUACUCUAUCCUACUCUAUCCUACUCUAUCCUACUCUAUCCUACUCUAUCCUACUCUAUCCUACUCUAUCCUAUCCUACUCUAUCCUAUCCUACUCUAUCCUACUCUAUCCUAUCCUACUCUACCCUAUCCUACUCUAUCCUAUCCUACUCUAUCCUAUCCUACUCUAUCCUAUCCCACUCUAUCCUAUCCUACUCUAUCCUAUCCUACUCUACCCUAUCCUACUCUAUCCUAUCCUACUCUAUCCUAUCCUACUCUAUCCUAUCCUACUCUAUCCUAUCCUACUCUAUCCUAUCCUAUCGCUUUUGAGCAGACUUUCAGAACAAUUUUUUUUGAAUUUUUGAAUCUGUUCUUGGCACCAGAUCGCUUCCCUACCUUCCGGGCAAAUGAAGCUGUCUGCGGGAAGGUUUUUGUCAAAAGUCAUCAAAGUGGUCUUGUAGUAGACCAAAAUCAACCUCUUGAAAAGACAACACAUAGAUACUACUCUAGUAGGCAAACCAAACCUAUAGUAUUUAUAAGGACUCCAAGAAUCUGCAUCACAAUCUUUUUUCUGUCCUCAAACAAAACAACAGCCUGCACGUGGUACAAUGGGUCCGGAAUUCUUUAAGGGCUUCGGAACGAGCUGCCGCUAAGAAGAAAUUGUGUUAAUGAUUCAAAAUUCUCUAGAAGUCGAAUGAAAACUGCUACAACUCCUCCAAUUGAACAAUCUAUUCUUAAAAUUCUUAGUGUUUGAUGUCGAAAAGAAAUUACGUUCACGCAAUAUUACAACUCUUCUGCUGCUUCUGGCAUAUAAUAAGAUAGUAGUCUACAACUGAGUAGCUAGUUUGUUGAAAAGUAAAGUCUUGUACUUAGGUCUGCGGACUGGAAAUAAGAAUAUAUAGCCGUUUAUUUUGUAAGUUUUUCGAUAAUUUGUACUGAGUUACUUCUUCUAUGUUGAAGAUGUUGAUGAUGUUCUCAAAACGAAAAUAGCGGAUAGAUCUGAAGACGUUCUUCGUGCCACGUGUUCAAAUUUCACUAGUAUUAGAGUACUGUAAAAGUUAACGAUGUUGUCUGCGCUUGUUGAUGUAACUACUACAAUCUGCAUAUUAUUCAUUAGGUUGACCGAGAAAUCUGCGCAUAUGCUUGUACUAUCAAAUGAACUCCGAUGGAUUCGAAAUAUGCAGCCUAGAAGUAUUAACUACAUGAAAGAACUGUGCCUGCUGGAAAAUGCAAAUCUUUGCGCUUCGGGUUGUGAGAUUUAAACUGAACUAACUUCUACUCUUCUGAACGACAACAUGCUGUUCUGCAAAUACAAAAAAGAGAUGCAUCACCAUACCAAAGGUUUUAUGCCAUAGACGCGCAAUAAAAGCAGACAACACCGGGAACUACAUCGAACUGUUGUUAAAAUCUACAGGAAUGAAAAAAUGUACAAAAAAUUUGGGUUCUUCAUAGCGAAAAACGAUUUAUCUGGGGUCAACAUCACUCGAGAGGUUGAGAUGAUGACUCUAGAAUCAAAUAGUUGGUAUGAUCCCAUCCACUCCGAACUGCUGGUGCGCUGUUCUUAUCUUCCUGCGCUUCAUCAUGAAAAUGAAGAUGAUUCUGCU